GGUAUUAUAAUUAAAUUCAUUUUUCCAGGUUCAUUAUUAGAUAGAAGAUUGGAUGGGACAAAACGUGCCAUCCACUUUCACAAUGAAGAAUAUCAAAGCCAGAGAAAAUGUAAAAACCCAUUCUGGGAAUGUAACAUCUUUAUCUAAUAAUCAAACUUCUGUAUCUAAUAAUGAAAUCUCUAGGAAUAAUAAUACUAACACUAACAGUACAGUUAAAUGUAAAACUUCUGCUUCCGAAAAAGUAAUCAUUACACCAUUAUCUGGUGGUCAAGAUAACCUUUCAAGUUCAGGAGUACGUCGUAAAACAUCUGUUCCUGUUAAAUCUCAGCUUUCAGGUUCAACAGGAUUAAAAUCAAAAUCAGAGAGCAUACCUACUAGAUCUGUUAAUAAGGAGAACAUUCAUUGCUUAAAAAGUGUUCAUGCAGGACGUAAAACUAAUAAGAGUAAUUGUGGCAGCAUGCAACGCACCACUAGUAAAGACAAUAUAGAUUCUAAUGGCAUGAAAGAACGAGAAAAAGAGAAUAUAGGAAAAUACAUUAGUGGAAGAAAUACACAUUCAAAAUUAUUAGAAAAUUCAACUGUAUUACAGCUAGAGAGAGAGAAAGGAAUGCUUGAACAGCAAGUUUCUGAAUUGGUUAGGAAUGCAGAAAGUAAAAAAGCAGAAAUUGCAACAUUAAAAAUGGAGAUUAAUCGUUUAAAAGUAAGAUUUUUAUUUUUUAUUUUAGUAUUUAUGUUUAGUGUUUUUAUGCAUGUUUAUGCACAAAUCUAAUUACAAUAUGCAGUAUGAAAGUAAUGCCUCAUAUUUUUUCUUCUGGAACUUUAUUUCCUAAAAUAAUACUCUUUGCAUCAAUUAAUCUUUGUUAAAACAUAUUUUUUCCACAAAGUACAGUAACUUUCAUUUUAUGUGCAAUUUCAUCUCCAUGUCAAGGUACUAUAUAAUAUUCCCAUCCUAUAAAAAUAUUUACUCUGGCUCCAGACUUUCCAAACACUGCUUGAGUUGGUCCUUAUCAACAAAAUAUUUUCUUUUGAAUUCCUUUAAAUACUUUAAAAGAUCAAAGAAGUGAUGAUCAAAAGAUGCAAGAUUUAGGCUAUGGAGAUUGAGGAAGAACAGUACACUGACUUUUGUAAAGGCCUCCCUUGUGCAGAUUAGUCUGGAGAUGUUUUGUCAUGGAACAGAACAGCUUCAUUAAGAUUUGAUAAUGCCAUUCCAUUGACUGUCUUCAUUUCAUGCACAUAAUGGACCCAUGUUUUGUCACCUAUAACUUUGCAUUGUUCUUUCACUCUUUUAGCCUUUGAAAAGUUUGUAAUAGAAACAGUGUCUUUUACUUUUGUUGAGCUUAAGUAAUUCCAUGCAAAUAAUUUUGGACCUUUUUUUGGCUCUUCUUUCAGCAAUUUUAGGACUUACUGGGUACAAACGUUAUAGUUUCCUUAUGAUGGCUAUCACAAUAGGUUUCCUUAUAUCUGUUACAUCAUACAAUUCAACUGUAAGGAUGUAGCAUACUUUCUUUCUACUGUUGUUUUUUUUUUUUUUUUUAUCAGCUUCUGUUUUCUUCUAUCAUAGUCAUUACUUGUUAUCAUUACCACUUUAAGACAGAAUGUUGCUUUCUCUGCUUUUAAAGUGUCUUAUCCAAAGUCUAAUUAUACACACAUCCAUAGUAGUGUCUUAGUAAACAUUUUUGAGACAUAUAUGGAUUUCAAUAGACAUGACUUCUUCCUCAGUAAAACAUUCAUUAACUGCUCUAAUCUUAAUAUAUACAGUGGUGCCUCGUAUAACGUACGCCUCGAAUAACGGACUGGCUGCGAACAACGGACUUUCCGUUCGGCAGUUACGAGAGGUGAACAACAUUUCUGCAAACAAGUUGCAAAUGAUGUUUCCACUCUUUUACCG